UGGCAAACUGGAUCCGGAUCCUACUAAGGAGGAAAAGUCCAUGUAGGGUAAAAGAUUCGAGGCGACUCACCACCUAGGUUCAACUACUGUUCAACCCGUAUCUUCUCUCUCCCGUAAAUUUCUUUCACCAUAACAGACGUCUCUCUCUCUCUUCCAACACUACCUCCCACCGACGAUCUCUCACUGCUCGAACUAGUCUUUGGAGAUCUGUAGGGCUGUGAAGCUCACUUUUUGAUGGAGGGUGUUGGAGCUGAUGCUGCCUCAGCGGCGGCGCCUUUGAAUCAAUGGAGGCAUGAUGUGUGGAAGCUUUUCCAGUUCUAUUUGGAUAAAACUACACCUCAUGCAGUCUAUAGAUGGGUUGGAACGUUUGUUUUAGCAUGCCUUUAUGCUCUGCGGGUUUAUUACAUUCAAGGAUUCUAUAUUGUUACCUAUGGCUUGGGUAUCUACAUAUUGAAUUUGUUGAUCGGGUUUUUGUCGCCUCUUGUUGAUCCUGAGAUGGAGCCUUCUGAUGGCCCGAUGCUACCGACAAAAGGUUCUGAUGAGUUUAAGCCUUUCAUUCGCCGUCUCCCUGAGUUCAAGUUCUGGUAUGCUAUCACGAAGGCUUUCUGCGUCGCAUUUCUCAUGACCUUCUUUUCAAUGUUUGAUGUCCCUGUCUUCUGGCCUAUAUUACUGUGCUAUUGGGUGGUUCUAUUUGUCCUCACAAUGAAGCGCCAAAUCAUGCACAUGAUCAAAUACAAAUAUGUCCCAUUGAAUAUUGGAAAGCAGAAAUACGGUGGCAAGAAAAGUUCUGCAAGUAGCAGUGGCUCCCGUGCGGACUAAAAGCGUUGCUGGAUCUAAAGGCCAGAAGAUAACUGGGGAAAAAGCAGACUUUCAGAAAUAUUCGUUGUUGUAUAUUUACUAUUAAUUUUGGGCAUUUAGUAUAAUGGGUUUCAAACAAUGGAGUUAUGAACAUGUAGUUGCUGAAGUAAAACUUGCAUAUACACAUGCUAUCACGAUUCAAUUCUGUUUAGAUAUUUGCCACUUAUUGUUUUUUGGUAGUCUAUGCAAGUUUUAUGUAGCGAGAAUGCGAAAACGUGUUGAAGUUCUGGCUUCCCUUUUCCAGUGA